UCCGGCGUUUAGCGAGAUAGCUCGGCUGUACUGUGCAAGCAGCGGCUAACAAGAUGCACACGGCUAUAGCUGUGUACAAUAUAGAGGUACCUGCAAGCUAGUAUAGGUUUAUGAAAACAGAAAAAAAACGGCCGACAUUGUUCGACACAGACGCUAGCAGAAAUGGCCGGAAUUAUUAAGAAGCAAAUUCUGAAACAUUUGUCAAGGUUCACAAAGAAUCUGUCCCCGGACAAGAUCAAUCUGAGUACGUUGAAGGGGGAGGGGCAGCUGUCCAACCUUGAGCUCGAUGAGGAGGUUCUGCAGAACAUGCUUGAUCUGCCUACCUGGCUGGCUGUCACUCGGGUUUACUGCAACAAAGCUGCCAUCAGGAUACAAUGGACAAAGUUGAAAACAAGCCCCAUCUGCCUGUUCCUGGAUAAGGUAGAGGUGGAGAUGAGGACAUGUGAGGAGCCACGUCCACCGAACGGCCCCUCUCCUAUAGCUAUUACAGCAGGCCAGAGUGAGUACGGCUUUGCUGAGAAAGUGGUGGAGGGCAUGUCUGUUAAGAUCAACUCCAUCACCAUCAAGGUGCAGUCUCGUGCCUUCCACGCCUCCUUCGAGCUCUGGCAGCUACAAGGCAACAGCCUCAACCCCAAAUGGCAGCGCAGUGACCUCCGCUACACUCGUGUUACCGACCCAAAGAGAGGAGAGGUGUUGACAUUCAAAGAAAUUAACUGGCAGAGUCUACGAAUCGAAGCAGACGCCAUCGAGAGUGACGACCAAGACCUCGGUAGCACCCCGUUACGUCUCAUCACUAACCAGGGACGCAUUCGCAUCGCCCUAAAACGCAGAAUAAAGGACUGUAAUGUGCUGGCAUCCAAGCUGCUUUUCAUUCUGGACGACCUGUUGUGGGUACUGACGGACUCUCAGCUCAAAGCCAUCAUCCAUUACGCCAAAUCUCUCAGCGAGGCCAUGGAGAAGUCUGCUCAGCAGAGGAAGAGCAUGGCUGCUGAAUCCUUGCAGACCGCCCCUCCAUCUCCUGGCCUCCAGAACCUUUGGACAGAGCCCCCACCCGCUCCUACUGGCACCCCCAGCAACAUGAGUCAAUACUUUGAUCUCUUCGACGUAAAGGAAUCUUCUUACCACACCUUCAUAUCCCGCUUAGACUUACACGUAUGCAACGACAGCUCUUCAAUGGAUGACGAUGAGCCUCCUCCACCGGGCUUGCAGGGUGCCAUGCAGCUGACCUUCAGGAAGCUGGGUUUUGACUACUAUCCCGUCCACAGACCUGCUGAUGGAUGUCGACACUGGGAACGCCACAGUGGAGCCAUGGAGGCUCAGGCCCAGUGGGCUGGAAAACUGCUGCAGGAGUACCAGAGGAGAGCAGAGGCUUCUGGGUUCCCUGGGCCACAUACUGAGGGGCCAAACAAGGACUGCCCUGCAAAGACAGUUCAAGAUGGACAGUCUAGUCCCAAGUCAAGCACCUCUGACAAAGAGCAAACAUCCAGCAGGAACUCUUUGACAGCUCCUUCAGGGUCGUCACUGAAGAGGCUGCGAUCGAGCUGCGUGGUGGUCAGGAUGGAUGACGUGGACAUUCACCAGGUGUCUACAAGGGGCCGUCAAAACAAGAAGACCCAGUCUUUGUUGUCCUGUAACCGUAAAGUUCUGCGUUUGCCAGACAACGUACCAGCAGUUCAUCUGCAGUUUACUGAAUACUACUUUCCUGACAACCCCAGUUUAUCAGUGCCCACCUCAAACCUGUAUGCCCAGGUAAACGGCCUACAGCUUUGUGUGGACCCAGCCAGUGUGUUAUGGAUCAAUCUGUUCUCCAGGGGUCUUCUGCACACUCUGGACCAGGUCAAAGCUUUCUACCAUUUGCAAGACAGCAGCAAGGCUGAAGAGCACGUAGACAUUCGUAUGGAUGCAGCUCAGCUCAAGCUUAUAAUUCCCUUGGAUUCUUCCAUAUUGGACCAUCCGGAGCGUCCACAGUCCCUCUCUGUUACUGUACCCCAGAUGGUUCUCAGCAACACACGUCACUGCCCUCAUGGCUCCAGAGCUGACCUCAACAGUACCUAUGACAAGUUUACCAGCUGCUCAUUCUUCCAGCCCACACCACCUUGCCCAUACCCCAGAGACCAGAGUGCCUUCUGCCCGAUUCCCUCCACCUUCCUCCAGUACGCUCAAGAGACGGAGCCUCAACCUCUGGACAGAAAGCGCCUACGGUCCCAGGACGUCUGGUCUCUCAGCCUGUCCCGUGUGACCCUAGGUUUUGAUGGAGCUCGGCGACUCCCUAAAGGCAGAACCCAACCUUUUGUUGAGCCCUUUGCCAUGUCUGUGUGGCUGUGCCAGCCCUCGGCCUUUAAAUGUGGUUCAUUGUCUUCCCCCUCUGACCCCAGCAGAGCCCACCAGCCCUCUUCACAGCAGGAGCCUCAGCAAGAAGACACUACGCUUGCCUCUGUCCACUUCCUGGCCCACGCCAUCACCCCAGUGAAGAUGUGGCUCAACCACUACCAGUAUGUUGCCCUGCUGAGGAUGAAGGAUGCCCUGGCUCGGUUGGGGGCAGAGUUGGGCCGGGAUGUACGAGAUGUUAAGGAGGCUCAUGGCCAGAAGGCAAAACCUGCCACAGUUUGUCUUGCCCUUCUGGUGGACUCAAUGGAACUGGGUCUCCUGUUGCCCCCAGUCUGCACAGAGCCAGAGGAAGAGGUCCCCCACACCCCAGAGACAGACAGCCCCAGCAUAACAGACUCUGACAUCUCCCCCACUCAUCACACUGCAGAUAUGGAGGACAGCGGGUUAGAAAACGGCAUCUCCUCCAUCAAUACAGUUGUCACUGCGUUUGAUCAAGAUGAACAAGAUGGGGUAGUGGAGGAGGCAUGUGAGGCUGUGGAGGAGGGGUUGGAGGGGGAUGGUCUGAAGGCACAGGAGGACACCCCUGUCCUCUCACCUCAGCUUUCACCUGGUCACUCCCCAGCCCUCUCCCGUGAACCAUCCAACUUCAGCCUGGAGGGAGAGCUGUCGAGCGCCAUUAACGUCACCAAGGAUGUGACCAAAGACGCCAUUAGUGCCUCAUUGGACUUGACCAAAGGGGCGUUUUCAAUAACAAAAGACGCCUUCAGCAUGCUGAGUCGUGGCUCAGGGAUGAGCAAAUUGUUCAGUGCACAGGCAAAGGAACAGGUCCAACGUUCAGAAGAGUUCUCCCCCUCUCUGGCUGCCAGCCUGCGGCACCAGUCCAUGAAGCAAUCACCUUCCCAGCAUUCCUUUGACAGUGCUAUCUUAGAUGGCAGCCUGCCUGAUGAAAAUCUCUCAGUGGACAGUGAUGCCAGCGACAAUUUUGUUGUUAUCAUGGAUUCAGAGUCAGGUAUGGAGUCCAUGCGUCUCAACAGCAAUCUUGCGGGCAGCCGAGGCAGCCCAGCCCCAGGGACAGACGGAGGUUCAUCAGCUGACCUCAGCAGCUCCCUGUCCCAAAGUACCGAGGACGUGUCUCAGGAUGUGUCCUCAGUAUUGUUACUGAUGGUGAGGGGAACAGCCUGUACCGUGGAAGUAAAGGGAGAAGACCAAAUUGUGGCUGUAGAAGCCCAGAAUCUGAGCCCUGUACAAAUGGGCAAUGUCAGGGUGUCUGACCUGCUGGCUGGUCUCAUACAAGCUCCAGGUGGGCCGGUCCAGAAGCAGGACAGGCAGGGUAGCAGGGGCUCUCCGGCAAUGCGCAUGCGAGCAGAAAUGGGUCCAUCUGCAGCCCGACACUCUGCUAUGGCUGAGUCUUUGGGCUUCCUGGAUAUGAGAGUACAAGACUGCCAGGCAGAGCUGUUAGCCUCCACGGUAGCAAACAUUGGGCCUUUUCUGGAAGAUGAAUUCAGUGUCGAUGGUCAGCCAAUGAAGUUACACAUGAGCAACGUCACUAUCACUAUGAAGGAUGAUAGCCCCAAAAUCUACCCCACAGCUCCUCAACCUGUCCCAUCCACAUUCGUUGUAGACCAGCUGCUUCUCGAGCGCAGUGACGAUGGCAUCAUGAGGCUCAAAGCUGAAGGUACAGACCCUAAAGCCUCAGCAGGUGUUCCUGUGGCUGAACCAGACAACCCACACAGUUCCUGCUCUGUUCAACAGCAGAGAGAGAGACAAACCCUGGAGUCCAAGCUCUCUGAUGCCCAGGUCGCCCUCACCCACGCCCUCAGUGACAGAGAUCGCCUCCUUCUGGAGGUCAGGAAGUAUGACCCCACGUUUACUCUCUGAGCCAUUCUGUCUUUGACCUCUGAACCUCUCACUCCUCCUGCUGAGGAACAGCGACGGGAUGUGUCAGGCUGAAUGUCACCAACCAGCAAGACUCAUUCAAAACAUGUCCGGACAUCGGACAUGUUUGGAAAAGAAGAUGAAUCCAAGUUGUGGCUUUGGAUCACUUCCUACUUGCUAUAACUGUUGAUUAGAUUACAAAAGAGCCCCUACAACAAUUACUAAAAGGGGAACCUGAUAAACUAACUUAUAGGUACAUUACUGGUACUACUUUUAUCUGGCAGUCUAGAUAUCCUUCACUACUGUACUAAACACAAAUUAUUCAUGUUAUUUCUCAUCCAAAUCAGUGUGUAUGGUAAAGUCAUUGUGUGGUUUCAGUGUUUGUCACAAAGCAUGCAAGGGUAAAUAUCAUUAAGCUUUAAUUCUCUCCAGUUAAUUGUUUGUGUUACAGAAAUGUCACGUUGAGCACAUGCCAAAACCUCCUUUUCACAUGCACUGACACUGCCAGACAGCUGCUAGUCCAUCAGUUGCUCGUAAAAAAUGCAAACAAAAAAAACAAAACAAAACCCAACUUCCUGUCAAGCAUGCUUUGUGAAGAGUGCUAAUUUACACUUAGCACAUUUACAAAUAGACAGUCAUAAAGCUAAAUAGACUUAGUAAUGUAGAUUACCUCUGUUAGGUGUAAAAUACAAUUGAUCCAUGUGUUUCUUUUCAUUUAAAAGUAUUAUACAACUAUUAUCAGCUGUUACUUGUUAAUAUGUGUUGUGAAAUGUAGGGAAAACAAUGCACUUUUUUUUUUUUUU